UAUACGAGGAGGCUGUAUCCCUUCUCCCUCUGUUCCAGUGUAGUGUAGUGUUGUGUUGUGAAAUCGUAACUUUACCUAAUUAUAAGUAAGAUUAAUUAAGUGGUGUUUAACUUGCCAAGUGUCCUUUGGAAGUACCCAUGCCAUGAAACAAGCCCUCCUGAGAGACAUGGCUAAAACGAAAUAAAUAAAAUUUCAAUGUUCCUAAGAGAAGAGAGGCACUUUGCAAGUGAUAAGUGAAGGUUAGCCCAUAUGACAGAUAUCCUUCCGAACAUUACCUAUAGCUACGAAAGAACCAGAAGAAGAAGAGAGAAUAAAACCCCAUCAUGUUUCAACGACCUCAUAAGGGUGAGACAGACGAAGAUUUACAAAAGCAGGAAGAAGCAUGGAAUUCACAACAAUUCAAUCCUUCAGCAAAGGUCAUUCAUGUCAAUAAACGCAAGACUGAUGAAGAGAAAUUACAAAAAGGCCCAGAUGGAGGAGAAGGGCCAAGGUCAAAAUUUGGCCGUGAACGGAACACUAAGAAGAAAAAAGGAAAUAUUGUUGAUAAUACAGUCUUGAAAGAAGCAGUGAAAAAAGAAGAAACGGUGGCAGUCCUUGGUCGAAUAGUGGAACGAGUAGUCUGCCCAGAGGACAGCCUAAGGGAGUGGCAUCCUGAACCAAGUCCCCAUGGCUUUCCAAAAGUGCCUAAACUACAUUCCUUGGGUGAAGCAUCAACAAUGACAUCUCAUACAACACCAGGAAUUAAAAAACCUUCUUUAUACAAGCAGCAGUUUAUCAAGGCGGGAAUCAUUAGUGAAGAAAAGCCUUCAUAUUCUCAGGACCAAAGUUUCAAAAAAUCUUCUGAGUCAAGAGUCUCAGACUCUGCUUUAUAUGACCCAAGGGUAACUGCCUUAGGAAAGGAAAGUGUUGUUAUUAAAAAUCAAAUUAUUCAAGAAGCAGAUGCAAAGAAAAUACACUCAGAAAAUAUUGCUAAAAUCUCAAGCAUGAGCCAUGAGGAAAGGCUGAGACAUCAGAAAGAAAUUCUUUCAAGUCUCGCACCUGAACAAAUAGAAUUUUUAAAAUCUUUACGAAAGGCCAAAGAAAAGAUCCAAAAGAAAGGAACAAAAGAAGAACCACAAGAGAAUCAAACACCACUCUCUAGUUCAAGAGUAAAACAAGAAAACCAGGGUAUGGAGUGUGACUCAUCAGAAACUACUGGUAAAGGCCUUAUGAACACACAAAGCCUUGAUGAUGUUCCUCAAGGUCCAGGAAAGGAUAAGAAAACUGUGAAGUUUUCUGAAGAUGUUGAGAUGAAAGAAAUACCUGGUGGUGAAUUUGCAGAACUAGAGAAAAUGGGGAUACCAAUAUCCCUGUCUGAGGCAAAGAAAUGGUUUCACAUGACCCAGGUUGAAGUGGAGAAACUGAAAGCUUUAACAGACAUGCCAGCUCCCAAACCACUUAAAGACCAGGAGGGUUUUGUGGCCAGGUUUGACUUUGAAGGAAAUAUUUUGCCAUAUGACAAAGAUGUUUCCCAUCUUGAAGCAUUGCAUCAUCAUGGUGAAGAAGCAGGUCGUCCAGGGUAUAGCCUUGAUGAGAUAUUCGUUUUCUGUCGCUCAAAAGUCUUGCAACAACGUCACUUGGGCCUGCGCACCCUUGCUAAUAUUUUGCGUAAUGCCAAAGAGGGAAUGUAUGACACUUGUGUGAAUCCUCCAGUAAUUAAAUUAGCUAUUGAAGCUGGUGUAGUUCUCAUACUACGAUUUGCUUUAGAUGAAACUUCUGAAUUGGUUUACAAAGAGGCAGUGAGGGGACUCUACUACCUCAUUGCAAGUGAGCCUGAUGAACAGUGCUUGUCUUUAACCCAGGCUUUUGUUCCUGGUGGUCUAGAACCUGGUGUUUCAAGUGAAAUAUAUGCCAAUGAUGAGGCAAGGCAAGAGCUGGACACAGAAGAGCAAGAACUAAAGGACAUUGAAAUUAUUAAAUUAGAUGUCAUCCGAGCAUUGAUCAGAAUGGAUAUUCAGGCACGUUUAAGGUACCUUUUAGGGAUCACCAAACCAGGACCAGAGACAGUCAUACAGAUCAUUGGAAUACUGACACGUAUAGCACGACAUUCUCUAACUGCAGCGUGGAAGCUAUUUCAAACCCCUCACCUCAUUUCCACCAUACUAGAACACUUUCUGCCACAUAACUUAUCUCCUUUACUGACUGGAGGGAAUGUGGCUUCUAUGACCUCAGUGUAUGGUGUUCCAUUGAAGCAUGCUUUGCUUUUCUUAAGGGUUUUAGCAGCCAAGGGUAGGCAGCUGGCUUCCAGUUUGCUCAACACAUAUGAUGUGAUGAGUCAGGUAUUGACAUAUGUCUCACUUGAACCAAGUGAGAUGGGUGUGCCACAACAGGAGGCUCUGAUGCUUAGUCAGGAGUCGUACACAUUAUGGGCUACAUUUUUGGCAUAUGGUCUAAGCAAACCACAAGAAGCCUUUACUAGUUUCUAUCCAAUGUUGGUGAAACAACUGUUAUUUUAUAGGGAUAAAGUUUCUGUUAAUGAAGACACAGAAAGCAAUAAAUUCAACUAUGAUGUUGGGGCUUGUAUCUUCAGCGUCAUGGCCCGAGCUGUUAAUGUUGCAGCUUCUCACUCUCUUUUGAAAAAUAAAAUGAUCCUAAACCAAGGGACAAUAUUAGACUCGGAUGGAAAAUUGUUGGUUUUGCCACCACCACUGCUGACGUGGGAAGAUAUGAAUGAUCUUCCAUCGUUAGUUGAGACGUGUUUGAACAAGUGGCUUGUUGAGUUGAUGCGCAGCACUGAAACAUCUUUUGCUGCUUUAAAGCUGGUAGGCAGUUGCUGUUAUUUCCUGGAGUGUUAUUAUAGCAAAUGGAAAGAUCAGACUAGCUACAGUGGUGAUGUGUGCAACAACAGGAUUGUUAACAUCUACAAGAAUAUAUUGACACCAUUCUUAGUGUCUUCAGCCAUGAAGCAAUUAAUGAGUAAGCUUGUAAUGCAUUCAUCUCUGAUUGCUGAUCUAUUACCAGGCUCAAGACGUGAUCCAGUCAACCUUGGUUCAUUAGGGUGUGUAACACACGGUGGCAAGAUAAUUCCUAUCGUACAGAAGACUUCUCCUUUCCCUCUGUUGCUUCCUUUUGUAUCAUUCUGUUCAUGUCUCCAUUCUUUACACCCUGUUCUAGAUCCCAAACCAAUGGGUGUUUUGUUAGAGUCUGAAGAAUUGGAACAAUACUUAAUUAGAUUUUGUCACUCAAAUCAUGAACUGAGCAGCCAUUGGUUGACAAGGAUUGAGGUUCACUUUAUAUACUGUGUAUUGCAGCUUGGUGCCAUGAAAGGCUGUUGUAAAAAUCAGCUCUUUCAUGAAACUGCUUUGAGCCUUUUGCCAUCUAUUCAUAAAGGUGAUGAAAUGCUCAUCAAAGAUCUCUUAGGCUUAGUUGUCUGUGCUCCUGAAUUCUUGGCAGAUGUAACUGAGAUCAGUUCACGAGUUGGUGAUAUAGCACUGAAGGAUUAUGUACCUUUAAAGUCUCCUGCUCAAGCUCAGCCUGUUCUGUCCCCUAAACAGUUAACAGAUAAUAUUUGCAGCUCUUUAAAGUCUAUGGAAUCAGAGCUUGUUAGUUGCUUGGUAAGUAAGAAAGAGUAUGAAGCAAGUGCAGUUUUGAAAAAUGGCAUACCAUUCAUAACUAAUGGCAUAACAAUAAGCCAGACAGAAUCAACUGUAGCCUUAGAAAAGUACUGGCCACUUGUUCCCAUCAAGCGUGUUUAUAAUACAUCAAAGCAAAAAUCUAAAAUUUUAGAAAGCAAGGAGAAACCACCAACUGAAAAUUCCAGUGAUCAGUCUGCUCCAGAAGAUAUGCUCACUGUUACCAGGUGUCUCCAGAUGACAUAUUUGUGUCUGAAGUAUCGAAGAAAGUGCUUCUUUUCAGAAACCAACUCCUUUGCAUGGUUUCAGCAUCUCAGUCUUGUUUUCCUGGUUGCAAGUGAUAUGUUUUUAGAUGCUAAUGUCAAUUCGUAUCUGCAGGGGUGCAUUGUUGAGCUGCUUCGUAACAAAGGAUAUGCUAAUCUAGAAGCAGUUAACCAUAUCAAAGGUUUUAACUCCUGCAUUGCAUGGUAUAAAGAAAUGCUGGAGCAUUUCCAAGGGGUGUCAUAUGGAGAUUCUACUUUUGCUCUCUUCCUUUUGAUUCCUCUACAGCAAUAUUGGGAAGUUGAAUUCCGUUUGCAGUUUUGGGGUGAUAUGUCAGAUGCCUUACCAUUUGUCUUCCUUUCACCUGAAGAAGUCUCUCAGUUUAUUCCAAUGGAGCAGUUUUGUGAGCCAGACGAGGAGGAUGAGAGAUUGAUAAUCAAAUACAGGGGUAACUUGGGCUCUCGUAUGAUAAAUGAGAAACGGAAUUCUUUCUUGUAUAAGAUUGCACUGCAUCAUGUAAGGCAGUACAUGAAGAAACAAAAAAAUUGAAGCAAACAGUUUUUUGUUUGUAAUUAUUAUUUUUAUUUUCUGCUUGAGGAACAGAAUUCUCUGAUAUAUUGUUAUUUGUAAGUUCAAAUGAAUGAAAUAAAUAUGAAAGUAAA